AUGACCAGGAGUAAAGCACAGUUUUCGCCCUCGAAAGUUGGGCAGAAAGAAUAUAAAAAUCCAAAACGAAUGCGGAAAUCAUCCUUUACAAAAACCCAGAAAAUGUUCGAAGUGUUCAACGAAAAUCGUUCGCAUUUUAAUAAGUAUGAAAGUCUCGCUAUGGAUGUUGACGACGAUGGAACUUUCGGAAAUUUUGUCCUGAUGGAAAAUGAUGAGGGGGGUAUCGACAUUCCUGAAAUUGAGGAAGAGACGUCAGGCGAUGAUGGAACGAUACACGAGUCUCUUAAGAAUGGUAAUUCUCUGGAAGAUAACCAUGACUUCAUUGCUUUUUCAGAGAGUUCUGAAGAUGAGGAAGUAGAAGAGAAAGUUGUGGAAGAAAAAAGCGUUCUUCUCGUACAGAACCAAUACGAAAUCUCCACUGUUACUUCACAACCACAUGAAAAUAGCGACAGCGUAUGCAACAUGGAGUAUCCUUGGAUUAAGAACCAUGGCCAUUCGAGACAACGCGGAAUAGCAGAUUGGUUAACUUUAGAAAUCAAAGAUUUUGUUCAUUAUAUUUCACCAAGCAAAGCCGAAAUCAAAUGCAGAAACAAGACUAUCGAUAAACUACGCAAAGCGGUUAAGGAAUUAUGGUCAGAUGCAGACUUGCACGUGUUUGGUUCAUUUGCCACUGAUUUGUAUUUGCCUGGUUCCGAUAUCGAUUGUGUGAUAAAUAGUCGUAAUCGUGAUAAAGAGGACAGAAACUACAUAUAUGAACUAGCGAGGCACUUGAAGAAUCAAGGACUAGCUAUAAGAAUGGAAGUCAUUGUCAGGACGCGAGUACCUAUCAUUAAGUUUAUAGAGCCACAAUCACAAUUGCAUAUCGAUGUCUCAUUCGAAAGGACGAAUGGGCUAGAAGCUGCAAAACUUAUCAGAGAAUGGCUUAGAGAUUCGCCAGGGCUGCGUGAACUAGUGCUCGUCAUAAAGCAGUUUUUGCAUUCAAGACGGUUGAACAAUGUGCAUACUGGUGGUUUGGGUGGGUUCACUGUAAUUUGUCUGGUUUAUUCAUUCUUAAAUAUGCAUCCACGGAUAAAAUCAAACGACAUCGAUGCCCCGGAUAAUCUGGGCGUCCUGCUGAUUGACUUCUUCGAACUUUACGGUAAGAAUUUCGGUUAUGAUGACGUUGCUAUAAGUAACUCCGAUGGCUACCCUUCCUAUAUUCCCAAGUCGCAUUGGAAGACUUUAGAACCGUCAAGAGGCAGAUUUUCGCUUGCCAUUCAAGAUCCCGGUGAUCCAAAUAACAACAUCAGUAGAGGGUCCUUUAACAUGAAGGAUAUCAAAAAGGCAUUUGCUGGGGCAUUUGAAUUGCUGGUUAAUAAAUGCUGGGAGCUAGAUUCCGCCACCUUUAAAGAUCGUGUAGGAAAAAGCAUAUUGGGGAACGUAAUCAAAUACCGUGGACAAAAGAGAGAUUUCAAAGACGAAAGAGACUUAGUGGAGAAUAAGGCGAUUCUCGAAAACGAACGCUACCAUAAGAAGCGUACGAGAAUAGUUCAUGAAGAUGUGUUCAUAAACGACACAGAAGAAUUGCCGGUAGAAGACAUCUACAAACUUGAUGAGCCUCUUAAAAAGAAGCGGAAGGGGAAAAAGGACAAGAAAGAACGAAAGACACUAGAAGGAACUCUACCCCCUCCCGCUUCUGAGGUAGCAGUAAAGAAGAGCAAACGACAACACCAGCAGAAGACAGUGAACCCCAGUCCAAAACCACAUCAUGACAAUCCCACCAUAGAUGCCUUGAUGGGACUUUCUGACAAUGAAGAAGGGUCUGACCAAGAUCGAAGAGAAAACGGCAUUCAACCGGGGCAAGACGAGAAGCAGCCGUUGAAAACGCAGACUGUGGACGCGCAAACCAGAAGAGACUACUGGCUCUCCAAGGGUCAGGCUCUCUAA